CAGCAAAUGACCAUCGAGCGAAGACUCAAGCUCUCCAGCAGUCACUUGAAUGUAUGUGGGAAGGGGAAGGUCAGAAGUCACCUCCGAUUACAACGCUUUGCUUUCCCAGUUGAUUGGAAGGGAACUCGCCGCGUACACAGAACGCUCUAACCGCUUCCAACGACCAAAGCCACCAAUAUCGAGUCCACUGGAACACUUCCGACUCGCGCGUUCUUGCCUUACGGUAGUGAUUACUGCAACGUUGGGGUGGGCAGCCAAUUAGAAGACACCUGAAGAGGGGACGAGAUCAGAAUGUACGUCCCAUUACUUCGAUCGAAGACUCUGUGCCCUUUCUCGCCGCACCUCAUCACACAAGCCCGUGUGCAUAAGAAUGCAGACGUGUCCCGAGUUCGACGAAUUCCACUAUGUCUGCAGUCCCCGAAAAAACAACAGUUCUCGUCAUCGGCGGCGGGCCCGCCGGGUCCUACUCUGCCUCAGUGCUCGCGCGACACGGCAUCGAAGUGACGAUCCUCGAGGGCGCCAAGUUCCCGCGGUACCACAUCGGCGAGUCGCUCCUGGCGUCGACAAACUACUUCCUGGAGUUCAUCGGUGCCCGCGAGAAGGUGCUGGCGCAUGGAUUCAUGAAGAAACCUGGUGGGCUGUUCAAGAUGCGUCGCGAUUUCCCAACGGUGUACACAAACUUUGUCGACCACAGCACAGGAAACCACGCCGUGAAUGUCGAACGUGCUAAAUAUGAUGACAUUUUGUUCCGCCAUGCCGAGUCCCAAGGCGCGAAGAUCUUCGACGAACACAAAGUCACCAGCCUCCGAUUCUCGCCGGACGACUCGGAUAGGCCUAUCGCUGCCGAGUGGUCGAACAAGUCGGGUGGCAAGGGCGUCAUCGCUUUUGACUACCUCGUCGACGCAUCGGGGCGCUACGGUGUGAUGUCGGACAAGUACCACAAAGACAGGAAGAUCACGGAGAGUCUCAAGAAUAUUGCUAUCUGGGGAUACUGGAAGGGAAACUACAAGCACGGCCAGGGAACUGAGCGGGAGGGUGCGAUCCUCGUAGAGACUCUGCACGACCACACCGGUUGGGCGUGGUUCAUUCCUAUGACAGACGACACUGUUUCGAUCGGGGCCUGCAUCCAUGAGAAACACAUGAAGGAGAAGAAGGCAGGCAAGACCCAGGAGCAGGUGUACCACGAGGUUUUCAGCCAGCUUGAAAUCAUCAACGAGGCCAAGGCCGACACGGUGCUCCAGCCCAACAAAGCAGGAGGGACGAGUCCCGUGGCGAUGGCGAGUGACUUCAGCUAUCUCUCCGAGAAUGUGGGCGCGAAGAAUUACCGUCUCGUCGGAGACGCCGCUGCCUUCAUUGACCCAUUCUUCUCGAACGGAGUGCACAUUGCCUUCGUCGGUGCGCUGUCUGCCGCGCUCUCAAUCAUUUCCGUCAUGGAGGGGAAGGCGACGGAGGAGGUUGCCGCGGACUUCCACACCCGCGAGCUUAAGACCGUCUACAUGCGCUUCUUCCUCGUCGUCGCGGCUGCCUACCGCCAGAUGCGUGGGGGCGAAAUCGACAUCCUCAAUGACGUCGACGAGAAAACAUUCGACCACGCCUUCGAACUGAUCCGUCCCGUCAUCCAAGGUACCGGGGACAUCGGGCAGGACUCGAAGAGCAGCGGCAACGCGCAGCUGACUGACUCCGAGCUCCACGCGGCGAUGGAGUUUGUCUUCAAGCUUUUCCCGUCGUUCUACGAUCAGAGCACGGACGAUCUCGGCACGGAUGCGCGCGAGCGGCUCGCGUGUUUGCGGGGGCAGCUCGCGUUCGAUGGGCAGCACCAGGGCGUGAAGAUGAUAUUGGACGGGGCGUUCGAGUCCAUGAAAUGCAAGGUCACGGCGGCGAAGGUGGCGAGCUGAACGGGUUGAUUGCCGCAUCUCGAUUGCAGGAUGGGAUCGAGACGAAGGCUUGUUGUUUGCUUCUUAGAUAGGUUGUGUGUGUAGUGUACUAUGUCGCGACGGGGUUGGGGUCAUGUCAAUGCUUU